AUGAACGUGACCAGCCUGCUGCAGUUCGAGUCGAUGAAGUACAUCGGCGCCCAGACGCAGGCGGCGGCCAUCAACCAGCACGUGGCCCAGGCCCUUCGGGUCUUCAUCGAGGACUUCUACCAGCGGAUCGCCCCCGCCUUCAUCGUGGUCCUCUCCUGCCGGCGACCCAGUCCCAUGAACUUCUACCGCAACAUCAUGCAGCUGCUGUACGAGAGCGUGGACACGAUGAUCGUCCAGCUGGUCCUGGUCGAGCUGGGUCGUCCGCGGCGCAUCGAGGGACCAAGGACACACAACCUGCUGCUGGUGGACUCGCUGGAUGCGCUGCUCGACAUUGAGAUCCACACAUACACAGCGCAGUCGGACGGCAGUGAGUACUACUUCAUCUUCCUGCAGCAGAGGGAUGCCCUGAUUCCGCAGGACAUGCAGGGUGUGUUCGCCUACUGCUGGCGCCACCAGCUGAUCAACUGCAACGUGAUGACGCAGAGUUCCGGUGGCCAGGUGCUGCUCCACACGUACUUUCCCUACGCGGCGCCCGGCCAAUGCAACGAUUCGCAGCCCACCAGGAUCAAUACGUUCCUGGGCAGGUCCUGGCAGCAUCGGGAUUACUUUCCCUCCAAGCUGCACAAUCUCCAGGGGUGUCCCUUGGUGGUUUUGGCCCGGCGAGUGUCGCCCUUCUUCGAACUGGACGAGGGGCAGCGGGAACUGCGGGGAUUGGAGGGACGUCUGCUGCAGGAGUUGUCGCGCCGGAUGAACUUUAGCAUUCAGUUCGCGGGACUGCAGGAUCAGCAGAGGAACCGAACCACCUGGUCGGAGAAGCAGCUGCUCCAGAAGUUGGUGCAGGGACGCAUAGCCCACCUGGCGAUCGGCUAUGUGAGGAAGCGCAUCCAGUACUCCUCGAACCUGACGCCCGUGUUCCCGCACUACUCGAACCGCCUGGUGGGCUGCCUGCUGCUCAACGCCCACAACCUGACCAGCCUGGAGAUCUGGUCGUUUCCCUUCCAGGCGCUCACCUGGAUCUGCCUGUGGCUCUUCGCCAGCUGGCUGUACUUUGGCCUGGUCGUGCGCUCCAUGUACUCGGCUUUGUUGUUCUUCAUCCUGCGCUAUCAUCUGCACCAGCGGCUGCCGGAGAGUCUGCAGGAUCUGGCCGAUGGCGACUAUGCGGCCGUGAUGAGCCGUUCCACGUGGCAGGAUCUGCGCGAGGUGCCCAGUCUGCAGGAGCUGCUGGGACUCCGCAGUCUCAUUGUGGCCUCGGAGCGGGAGGAGGAGGUGCUGCGCCAGCUGGAUCGCUGCUCCCUGCGCGACGGAGCCGGCUCACAUCCCCUCUUCUUUGGGCUGCUCUCCCAGGACGCCCUGCUUCAUCUCACCCAGCGGGGCCAUCGGGCGGGCGCCUAUCACCUGAUGGACCAGCACGUCCUGGAGCAGCAGCUGGCCAUCUACCUGCAGAAGCACUCGCACCUGGUGGGCCACCUGGACCAGCUGGUCAUGUCCAUUCGAUCGGUGGGUCUGCUGCACCACUGGGCGGGUCAGGUGGCCAGCGAGCGGUACUUCCGCAGUCGGUUCCUCUACCGGGAGAAGCGGAUCCAGCAGCCGGACCUCUGGGCGGUCUACAUCCUGGCCGCGGCACUCUACAUCCUGUCGCUGGUCGUCUUCAUCGGCGAACUCCUGGCCGCCCGACGAGCUGCAAAUGUCGUGGUCUAG